UCAAAACAAUUAGCAACGCUCGGUCACUGUCGCAGAAUGAUUCCAAAAAACCACACAAAACCCCUCUCGCUCUCUAUUUUUUCCACUCAUUCACUGCCCACCCACUGCUCCAGAAAAGAAGAGAAAAUGUUGAGAUUCCUGUCUCUCAGACGUUCUCUCCACCAUCACCACGCUAGUAAACCUCUCAACAGCUCCUCCACUUUGAAGCACCCAUUUAACCCGGCACGCACAUUAUCAACGUCAUCAACAUCAUCAACAUCAUCAACAUCAUCGUCAUCAUCAUUAUCAGAUGCAGAGCUCCGUAAGUAUCUGGGGUACACAGCACUUCUCCUAUUCUCAGGAGCAGCCACGUACUACUCCUUUCCUUUCUCUGACACUGCCAAACACAAAAAAGCUCAAAUCUUUCGCUACGCUCCAUUACCAGAAGACCUCCACACUGUCUCUAAUUGGAGCGGGACCCACGAGGUCCAGACACGGGAUUUUCACCAGCCUGAGGACCUUCACCAAUUGGAGGAGUUGGUUAAGGAUUCUAAUGAGAAACGGGCUAAGAUUCGACCUGUUGGUUCUGGGUUGUCUCCUAAUGGGAUUGGGCUAGCACGUGGUGGUAUGGUGAAUUUGGGUUUGAUGGAUAAGGUUUUGGAGGUUGAUCAAGAGAAGAAGAGAGUUAGAGUUGAAGCUGGGAUUAGGGUUCAAGAGUUAGUUGAUGGGAUUAAAGAUUUUGGCAUUACUUUGCAGAAUUUUGCUUCAAUUAGAGAGCAACAGAUUGGUGGUAUUAUUCAGGUGGGCGCACAUGGCACUGGUGCAAGGUUGCCACCUAUUGAUGAGCAGGUCAUCAGCAUGAAACUGGUUACUCCUGCCAAAGGAACAAUUGAGAUUUCAAAAGAGAAAGAUCCAGAACUAUUUUAUCUAGCUCGCUGUGGUCUUGGGGGCCUUGGAGUGGUUGCUGAAGUUACCUUACAAUGUGUUGAGAGGCAAGAGCUCGUAGAGCAUACUUAUAUCUCAAACAUGAAAGAUAUCAAGAAAAAUCACAAGAAGUUGCUAUCUGAGAAUAAGCAUGUGAAAUACCUAUAUAUCCCAUACACCGACAGUGUUGUGGUUGUGACAUGCAACCCUGUUUCAAAAUGGAAGGGUCCACCAAAAUUCAAACCCAAAUAUAGUCAAGAUGAGGCUAUACAGCAUGUUCGUGACCUUUACAAGGAGUCUCUUGAAAAGUACAGGACUGGAGUAGUAGCAGGUAAAUCUGUAGACAAUGAUGAAAUGGACAUAAAUGAACUUUCAUUCACAGAGUUAAGAGAUAAACUGCUUGCUCUUGCUCCUCUCAACAAAGACCAUGUCAUAAAGGUUAAUCUUGCUGAGGCUGAGUUCUGGAGGAAGUCAGAAGGAUACAGAGUGGGGUGGAGUGAUGAAAUUCUGGGCUUUGAUUGUGGCGGCCAACAGUGGGUAUCAGAAACUUGUUUCCCUGCUGGCACCCUCUCCAAGCCUAGCAUGAAAGACCUUGAAUACAUAGAAGAGUUGAAGCAGCUCAUAGAAAAAGAAGAAAUACCUGCACCUGCUCCAAUAGAGCAGCGCUGGACAGCUCGCAGCCAGAGCUCCAUGAGUCCUGCUUCAAGCUCAGCUGAAGACGAUAUAUUCUCAUGGGUUGGAAUAAUCAUGUAUCUUCCAACAAUGGAUGCUCGCCAAAGAAAGGACAUCACAGAGGAAUUCUUCCACUACAGACAUCUAACACAGGCACAGUUGUGGGACAAGUAUUCUUGUUUUGAACAUUGGGCCAAGAUCGAGGUUCCAAAGGACAAGGAAGAGAUUGCAGCUCUCCAAGCAAGGCUAAGAAAGCGUUUUCCUGUUGAUGCAUAUAACAAGGCACGAAAGGAGUUGGAUCCCAACAGAAUCCUUUCUAAUAAUAUUUUGGAAAAGCUGUUCCCUUUAUCGGACACCAUCUGAGAAGCAUCUUUUUUCCAAUUGGUUAGUCAAUUUUUUCUUAUUAAUUUCAAUUGAUGUGUAUCAUCUUUUUGUCAAUCUGCUGUGAAAUGCUCGAGUCUAUGUUCCUGAUUGUACAUUAAUUUUAGAAAACUGGCCUAAAAUAAGAUGUAUUAUUAAGUUUGUCAUAUCUGAUAAAAGUUUAAAUUGUUUAAGGUGCUAUCUUAUGCUCAAGGUGCCUUAGAACUCGACUCUAAUAAACCAAUUUGAAAAUUCUGGACCA